CUAGGCAUGCACACUGCUUCUACAAACAUUUGUGAAAGAAUGGGUCGCUCGCACGAGCUUAGUGAAUUCAAGCGUGGUACCGUGAUAGGUUGCCACCUGUGCAAUAAGUCCAUCCGUGACAUUUCCUUGCUACUAAAUAUUCAACUGUUAGUGGUAUUAUUAUAAAAUGAAAGCAACUGGGAACAACAGCAACUUAAACAUGCCACCAUUGGACUCUAGAGCAGUGGACACGUGUUCUCUGGAGUGACAAAUUAGCUUCUCUGUCUGGCAAUCCGAUGGACGUGUCUGGGUUUGGCGGUUGCCAGGAGAACGGUACUUGCUUGACUGCAUUGUGCCAAGUGUAA